GAUAACUACGGUCAGAACUCAGACAAGGCAAAAGGAUACUUUUCAUCUAUAUUUUUUGAGAUCAAAGAAACCACAAUGUCUAGGAAACAAAACCAGAAGGAUACAUCAGGAUUCAUUUUUGAUUUGCAGUCCAAUACUGUAUUGGCCCAGGGAGGAGCUUUUGAGAACAUGAAAGAGAAGAUAAAUGCGGUGCGUGCAAUAGUUCCCAAUAAGAGCAAUAAUGAAAUCAUCCUGGUUUUACAGCACUUUGAUAAUUGUGUGGACAAAACAGUACAAGCUUUCAUGGAAGGUAGUGCCAGUGAAGUACUCAAAGAAUGGACAGUAACAGGCAAGAAAAAGAACAAAAAGAAGAAAAGCAAACCCAAGCGUGCAGCAGAACCAAGUAACAGUAUCCCAGAUUCCAGUAAAUUAGUAUCCAUUCAAGAGGAACAGUCUGUACCUUCUUCAGAGAAAGGUGGUAUUAAUGGUUACCAUGUCAACGGUGCCAUCAAUGAUACCGAGUCUGUGGACUCUCUCAGUGAGGGUAUGGAGAUACUUUCAAUAGAUGCCAGAGAAUUGGAAGAUCCUGAGUCUGCCACACCACAUAUGCUGGAUAGAACAGGGUCCAUGCUGGAGAAUGGCAUCUCUGAUUUUGAGCCCAAGUCUUUGACUAUGCAGUCUACUCAGAAUUCUCAACAAAAUAGGAAUGCUGCCAAAACUCUUUCAAGACCUACCACAGCACCUCAGUUUUCAAAUCUAGGGAUGGAAGAUGUUCCACUCUCCUCCACCAACAAAAAGCUAGGUUCCAAUAUUGAAAAAUCUGUGAAAGACCUCCAGCGCUGCACAGUGUCUCUUGCACGGUAUCGAGUUGUAGUUAAAGAAGAGAUGGAUGCUUCCAUUAAGAAAAUGAAACAAGCUUUUGCUGAGUUGCAGAGCUGUUUAAUGGAUCGAGAAGUGGCAUUGCUUGCUGAAAUGGACAAAGUGAAAGCUGAAGCAAUGGAAAUUUUGCUCAGCCGACAAAAGAAAGCCGAACUUCUAAAGAAAAUGACUGAUGUGGCUGUUCGAAUGUCAGAGGAGCAAUUGGUUGAGCUCAGAGCUGAUAUCAAGCACUUUGUCAGUGAGCGUAAAUAUGAUGAGGAUCUGGGACGAGUAGCCCGGUUCACCUGUGACGUAGAGACCCUAAAGAAGGACAUUGAGUCAUUUGGACAAGUGUCCCAUCCAAAGAACAGCUAUUCAACCAGAUCCCGACACAGCUCAAUUACAUCUGUGUCCUUGAGUAGCCCGUGUGACGCCUCUGCUGCUUCCUCGUCCACCUGGGCCUCUGCCCCCAGCCUUACAGGCGCUAACAAGAAGAGCUCGGCACCAGGAGAGACUCCCGCAGCCACAGCAAACUCCAGUGGCCGGCCCUUCCAGCCUCAUCGGGAGGUAUUGCCGGGGAACAGACGAGGAGCACAAGGCUACAGGCCACAAGGCCAAAAGUCCAAUGACCCCAUGAACCAAGGGCGACAUGACAGUAUGGGUCGUUACAGAAAUAGUUCAUGGUAUUCAUCUGGUUCCAGGUAUCAGAGCGCUCCAUCCCAGGCAUCAGGAAACAUUAGUGAACGGGGCCAGGCCCACUCUGCAGGGACCAAUGGAACUGGAGCCAGCAUGGAGACCAGCCCACCCAAGCCCUCAUUCAAAAAGGGGCUCCCCCAGCGCAAACCUAGGACCUCUCAGCUUGGGGCUGUGAACUCUUGAGGUUCCAGCUGGCCUCUCUCCUCUAUCCCACACAAUUCAACUUGGUAACUGGACUUAUUAGGAAACUUAUAGUUAGAUGUAAUAACAAAAAGAAGUUUACGCAUAUCACUUUUUAUGCCAUUCUGAAUAUUUUUGGUUUCUUCUCUCCUCGUUUCCUCUUUACCAUUUUUGGAGGGGAAGCUGUUUUUUCCCUUGACCUUUCCCAAUGAUAUGGAUUGAUUCUGAUUGGUCAUUUCCACCCGGAAUCACAGGCCACUGAUACCAGGUUUCCCAAGGGUCAGCGGUGCCCUUCCUGGUGCACAGGGCCUUUCAGUUGCCGGAAGAGGCCUUCCUUGGCACCUCCCUGCCGUUCAGGCUCUCAGGAGGAGGAGGUGGGUCAGAGCUAGUCCAGCUGUGUCUCCAGGCUAAGCAGAAGCCACACGUUCCUGUCAGGUGCCCUCUACACGGCAGUGUGACCAGGAAAGGCAGUGAGGGGAUUGUGUCCUGCACUGAAUUAGCCAGAGAAGGGGACAUUUAAUUGGUGAAAAGGAAGGAACACUAGAAAACGUUUGAGAAUCUGCCUCCGCUCCCAGAACGCACCUGAGAUUGACCCUCAGAUCAGGGUUCCAGUCUCCGGCUUGGCCCCGUAGCUUCACCCGCCGUCUCUUCAGAAUGCCCAAAGCCUUGUUUUCCUAUCGCCUUAGACUGCAGACCAGUCUAGGGAAAUCGGUGGGAGAGUAGCAUUUAAUUAAAGGAAAAAAACAAGUAUUUCUUGGUUUCAGUGUUUGAAGAUUUUUGUUGUUAUUGUUCUCCCUUGUUCCUGAAUCCUCUUCUGAUCCUCAACCACAUUUAUAGCAAUAUAAUUAGUGUUGAUCUAAGGUGUUACCCAUCAGAAAAUUGCCGCUGUCUUUAUAGUUGAAUGAAUAAAAACAACUGCGUAAGUGUUCCCACCUUUGUCUCACAAC